UCCAACAACAACCAAUCAACAAUCAACAACAAAAUCUAGUCUGCGUAGGAUAACAGUAAUGUUUUCCUUUUUUAAGAGCAAGAAGCCAAGUCCCGAGCAAACGCCGAGUGAACCAAUACCUGGGCCAAUUCCGGUUGUCCUCAAGGAUGAGGAUUUUAUUUUUGUUGAACGGCGUGGAUCACCGAAGGGCGGACCUGGUGCGGAGCAACCGAGUGGUGGACCUGGCGCCUCCCUACCUGCAAGCAGCAACUCCAGUGCUCUAUACCCGGCAGUACCGGAGCGUCCCAAAAGUCCCGUCAACGUUCGGCAACAUAAUGAAGAAAAAAUAGGACACGUCCUGCACGACGUUCCAAUGCGCCUGGCAGCCGAGCUUUGUCCUUACACGAACCCCGAAGAUACACGGAUCCAACUGAACGAAGUUCUGGCUUUCAUUUGGCGCAGCACUUCCGGAUACGAAACUAUGGUCGACUACGACUUUAGUCUGGAACGGAGCGUACUGCAAGACUAAAUAGAUCUUGCGGUGGUUUCUUUCUUUUGAGCAGGAGUGUUUAUCCUAUCCGUUGCGGUUAUAAGCAUUCAACAUUCAACGACAAAAUUAUCCGUGUUGCGUUACGCGAUAACCACCUACAAGCCAAAUAAAGCAGUGCAUAAUUGUA